AUGUCUUCCCGGAAAAAGACAUUGCUCAAAGUCAUCAUUCUAGGAGAUUCCGGAGUGGGAAAGACCUCGUUGAUGCAGCAGUUUGUCAAUAACAAAUUUUCCCAUCAAUAUAAGGCCACCAUUGGUGCCGAUUUUCUCACCAAGGAAAUUACCGUCGACAACAACAAGCAAGUUACGCUUCAAAUAUGGGACACCGCCGGCCAAGAACGGUUUCAGAGCUUGGGGGUGGCUUUCUACAGGGGUGCAGACUGCUGUGUUUUGUGCUAUGAUGUCACCAAUGAGAAAUCUCUUAACAAUUUGGCAUCUUGGAAAGAUGAAUUUCUCAUUCAAUCCAAUGUCCUGAACCCUCAAGACUUUCCCUUCAUCAUAAUAGGCAACAAGAUCGAUGCGGACGACUCGAAAAAGAUUCCGUCGUUGCAGAAAAAAUUGAACAAUGUCACCAACAACCAGCUUGGUGGAUUGAGCUACCCAGUAUUCGAGACCAGUGCCAAGGAAUCGAUCAACGUUGAAAGUGCAUUUGAAGUCAUUGCCAAGAUGGCGCUCCAGCAAGAAGAGCUCAAUGAGGCGAAUGGAAACGACGUCAACGACGACUACAAUGAUGCCAUCAACAUUCACUUGGAAACCGAUAACAGUGGAUGUGCUUGUUAG